GGGAAUCAUUUUUAUAGUGGAAACUUGAGAGGGAGAUCCAUCAUCCAUAUGAGUGUGGAGUGUGAAGGAUAAUGGACAUUUCCCACUUGCCAGUAAUAAAUAUUUGUGAAAACAGUGUGUGAUGCGAUCUCAAAAGCUUUCCACUCGGAUCAAAAACCCCAAACACAUCCCACAUAAUUUUACAGUCCCCGAAUUCUCAUUUUCCAAGAAAAUCAAUUCCCAUCGCUGCUCGGGGAUUCCACUUUCCCUACAAUUCCUCACAUCCAAUCCCCCAUUUUCCUAGCCCCGCCAUCGAAUCCCCCAGAUCUCCUCUUUUUCCCACAGUUUCCCAUCUCUAUCUAAACCCUAACUUUUUCAGGAAGAUCACUUUCCAAUUUUCCCUCCAAUGUCCAAGGAGUUCAAUGUUCCGCCGGUGGUCUUCCCCGCAGGCGGCAAUCCCGGACCCGCCGCCGUGGCGCAACGCCGCCUUCCCACCGCCCCGUUCCAGCCGCCGCGCCCUGCAAAUCCUAGCAUCCCGUUCAUGUCCUUCGACGUGGGCUCCGCGGCCGCUGCGACGUCGUUUCCAGCCCCCCAGUUCGGCGGCAACACCAUCGGCAUCGGCUCCAACUUCGACGACGAGCCGCCGCUUCUCGAAGAGCUUGGUAUCAAUACCAAGCAAAUCUGGAACAAGACGGUAUCGAUCCUAAACCCUUUUCGCGUGAACCCGAAUCUUCACGAGGACGCCGAUUUAUCGGGACCAUUUCUGUUCUUGAUGAGUUUCGGAUUGUUUCAAUUGCUCGCCGGGAAGAUACAUUUCGGUAUAAUCUUGGGUUGGGUUAUCGUAGCCGCUUUGUUCUUGUAUGUUGUCUUCAACAUGUUGGCUGGGAGGAAUGGGAAUUUGGAUCUUUACAGGUGUUUGAGUUUGAUUGGGUAUUGUAUGCUGCCACUGGUGAUUUUAUCGGCGUUUUCCUUGUUUGUUCCCCAAGGUGGGCUGGUGAUUUUCGGGAUGGCGGCGGUUUUUGUGCUAUGGUCCACGAGGGUUUGCACCAGGCUCCUGGUGGAGCUGGCAUCCUGUGGAGAUGAGCAUCGGGGGUUGAUAACGUAUGCCUGUUUCUUGAUUUACAUGUUGUUCUCUCUGUUAGUUAUAUUUUGAGUCGAAAUUGUGCAUUGUUGGUGGGAUUAGUUUUACUUGUUGGAAAUGCAAAUGGUUGGCAUGGAAAUGCAGCUCUUUUGUGUUUAGGAUUUUUUGGGUGGUUUACAAAUUGUUUACUGAAUCAUCCUUUGUCGAAUUUACGCAUUCUCUUAUCAAUUGAAAUACCAUUUAGUUUCAGAGAGUUAAA